AUGAAUACUACAACUCUACCUCCAAGCAACACUACUACAGUCAAAAAUACAUCUUCUGCAACAUCUACCACUACCUCAUCCAAUGCAACUACUGCAGCACUGAAUGCUACAACGUCACCUGCAAGCAAUGCUACAACUACAGCAUUGACUAAAACAACUCAACCUACAAACACCACUACUUCUGUCCUCACAUCUACAAGUGCAAUAUCCUCAACCACUGCAGCCUCAACACAGACCACAACGUCAUCAACAAUUGCAACCAGCACGUCAACAACUGCGUCCACUACCACUGCUGCAACCACCACAAUAAAUGCUGCAUGUGCACAAGCAACUGUAUCUAUUCAGCUGGUCCAACUGUCUAGCGACCAAAUCCAGGUCAUGCCUAUUGGUCAAAAUGGACCAACUGGAGCUCAGUUCAACGUGAUACUCUCACAGAGCAACUCAGUUUUAUUUACACAAACAACGACUGGUUCCACGGUCUCAUUUUCCAAGCUGUCUCCCUCCACUCAGUAUAACAUCAUUGUAAAGCAACUGUCUUGUCCGAGCAAUGCUGAUACCACCAACAACGUGACCACAGUUGGAAGACUAUUUUCUGGCGAAGUCCGAAUAACAAACACUCAAUAUACUGCUGAGAUGAGCAAUACAACCAGCAAAGCCUUCACAGAUUUUGCAACUAACUUCACAGCAGAUAUGACAAAUAACUUGCCGGCUGCCUCCAAGGCCUUGGUUAAUGCUGGGAGAAUGCUUAUUAAGGUAAACAGUCUGAGGAGCGGAAGCAUCAUCACCGACUAUUCCAUAGCCACAAACACGGCUGAUAAUCUGACAGUGAGCAACGUGCAACAGGCAUUCAGCAGCGCACUCAAUAGCAGCUCCACUUUUACCGUGGACCCGACGUCUUACAAGUAUGCAGUCCUAAACGCGUGUGCUCCAGCAAACCCAUGUUCUGUAUAUGCCUCCUGUAUUUCCAUCAAUGGAGAAGCCACCUGCCAGUGCCUGUCUGGGUUUAAUGACACCAGUCCGAGUGUUCCAGGAAGAACCUGCGUAGAUAUAAAUGAGUGUGCCGCCAGUACCAGCCCUUGCGCAUCCCUAGCCAACUGCACCAACACCAUAGGGAGUUAUCAGUGCCAGUGCUACCCCGGGAUACAAGAUGGAAACCCUUCUAACCCCGGCCAACAAUGUAUCGACCCAGCCGUAUGCUUUAACAGCACCACGCUCUGCUCCCAAAAUACCACCUGCCUCGACUCCAAAGCAACCAUUUGCGCAAAUAAAUUAGCAGUUCCUUCUGGCAUCAAGUUCAACAGUUGGACCUUCACUACAGACCUGUACAACCGAUCCAGCGCCGCCUACGCCAACCUAUCAGCACAGUUCACAGGGGGGGUGGUAAGUGCCAUGAGAGUGAAGCUAAGUGACAGCACCUUCAACAUGAUCGUGGUUGGCUUCAGGCCGGGAAGUGUCAUCGGCUACUUUAUGUCCACGACGCAAUCAUCCACCCUUGAUGCCAACACAAUCCAGGCCGCUCUUACCAGUGUAGUGUCGCUCUUGGUAUCCAGUAACAUUACAAACUUGGUGAUUGUAAACACUAGCAUAUCAAGCAGUCCGGACCCAUACUACGGCUGGAGAACGGCCAUUAUUGUCGUCGGCGUGUUUUUGGGAGUCGCCGCGCUCCUCGCCGCAGUAAUUGCCGCAGUAUGUUAUCGCUCCAGGCGUAAAUUUGGCAGUUACAAACCCAGUGUUAACAGUGACGACAUCAUCCAAAGAGGCUCCUAUAAAUAAUGUAUAAGGGAUUCUCUUUGUUCUUACUAAAUGUAUUUAUUCUGUAUCACUGGUUUGAAUUAUAGUCAAUGUGAUAUAAAUAUGACCUAUAUUUAAUUUAAUUUUUUUCUUUAUAUAUUUGCUCAUUUCUGCUCUGCGCUCGAUAAGCAGUCAAUGUAUUACAGACAAAUGAAAAAUGUUCCUUGCUCACAGUGCUGGAGGUUGUUUGGCAAGGCUCAAAGCUAUCAGGAUAAGGCCCAGGGUGGCUAAAAAAGGACUUAAGGCCCCUUGUGGCUAAAAAAUAAACCAGGGGUAUUGAACUUGUGGCCUGACAAAUUCCAUAGUCCAUCCUGAACAUCUUUCUUCUUUCAGGGGACAUUAGAAAAAGUAGUUUUCCAUAGGCUGGCAUUACAUAGGCAUAUUAUUCCAAUCAAGGGCCCCUGCUGAGGGCCCCAAUCCAAUGCCCUUUAUGCCCUACCUUAACCCUCUAUGCAAACUAACUUCUGUUACAAUCACCAUAAUUGUUUUACACGCAAAGCCAUUGUCAGGCUGAUUAAGCAAAGGGGGUUUAAAGACUAAAGGUGGCCAUACAUGAGCAGAUCUUCCCCCGAUAUCUCCUCCUAC